UCCCCCUUUCAUUGAUCCAUGAUCCCCCCAGACCCCCCAAAUCUCCGUGUCCCCCCAGUUCUCCACUCCCUGCGUUACCGGGGUGUGGCAGUGUCGGAGCCCGGCCCGGGGGUCCCCCAGUUCAUGGUCAUGGGGUACCUGGAUGGGAUCCCCUUCGUGCGCUACGACAGCGAGCGGGGCCGGAUGGAGCCUCUGACACCAUGGAUGAAGGACGGACCCGAGCCGGGAUAUUGGGAUAGGGAGACCCGGAUUGCAGAGGGGCACCAGCACCUGGCUAUUGGGAACCUGGAGAUGCUGCGGGGCUGGUACAACCAGAGCAGGGGUCUUCACACACUGCAGUGGGUUUCCGGCUGUGACCUCCUGUCUGAUGGGAGCGUCCGUGGAUUCCGCCGGGAUGGCUAUGAUGGGCGGGAUUUCCUGUCCUUUGAUCCGGGAUCCAAGAGCUUUGUGGCGGCCGACAGCGCUGCCCAGGUCACCACGAGGCGCUGGAAUGGUGACAAUAACUAUAUAGAUUAUAGGAUGGAUGACGUUGAGUACACCUGCAGGGAAUGGCUUCUGAAAUUUGUCAAAUACAGGAAGGAGGAGCUGGAGCGCAAAGAGCCCCCUGAUGUCCAUGUGUCUGGAAAAGAGGAAUACGGGAUCCUGACCUUGUUCUGCCAUGUGUACGGAUUCUACCCCAGGACCAUCGCAGUCAGCUGGAUGAAGGGGGAUGAAAUCCGGGAUCAGGAGACGCAGUGGGGCGGGAUCGUUCCCAACAGCGACGGCACCUUCCACACCUGGGCCAGGAUCGAGGCGCGGCCGGAGGAGCGGGAGCAGUACCGGUGCCGGGUGGAGCAUCCCGGAAUGCCGGAGCCUGGGAUCUUUGCUUGGGAGCCAAAAUCCAGUGUGAAUCUCACCCUGGUGGUCACUCUGUCCCUCAUCGCUGUCAUUGCUGUCAUUGCCAUCGGAUUUGGCCUCUGGAAGCUCCAAUCCGGGAGGAGGCAGCACUCUGGAUACAGCCCUCCAGCCGGAACAGACGUGGGAACCAACGGCUCAACUGCAGCAGGAAUCACCGCCUGAGCCACCCACAGAGCCGGAUCAGCCCCUUUCCUCUCCCUGGGAAAGCCAAGAGCUGCUGGCAGAGCUCAUCCCACUGCUCCCACCCAUCCCAUCCUCACCCACCCCAUCCUCACCCAUC